UACGGAGGAGGAUAUUCAUCAAACCCACACAAGCCAAUGUGGCCUGCAGCGCUGACAGUUGACCUGUCUGAAAGAGGGUCGGGAGGAGGUCCGUGAGACGCUGCGAAUGAUGUGUGAGCCGCGGAGACGACAGGCAAUGGGGACUAAGGAAGAGCUGGCAAGUGUUUGUGUGACAUCUUCUGGGGUUGGUUUGAUAGACCGCAGGAAAGGUCUGGAGCGAGGUUAUCAGGCUCUCCUUUCUCUCGGCAGUUAUUUUUAUCUCACUUUGUGUUUAGAAUCAGGGGGAGCUUUUUUUAAAGGGAAGGGCACUGAGUUGAUGCACAGAUAUCAGAGACUGGAUGAGGCGUCUGAUAGUCCAGCUACACCGUCGUAAGUCGGGAAUCCACACGGCCCAGUCUUGGCAUAGUUGAGAACGAGCUUUCUGUGGACUGAUGGAUUCCCCAUCAGAUGACGACGAUUGGCCGAAAGCAUGGGUCUCGACCCUCCAUGACAGCAACGCUUGGUCCGUGUGUAGGUUGCUU